AUUCAUAGGUGCUCACUUGGAAACAGUGUGGUCUAGAAGACGACAUUGGAAAGAGUGAAAGACUCCUCACGCUGAGGAGUUGGCCGAGGCUGAGAAGAGAUGGCGGGUGGAGGGGCGGUUGAUUCGACACUGGAAGUCACACCAACAUGGGCCACUGCGUCCAUUGUCAGCGUGAUUGUCCUGGUUUCAAUGGCUGCUCAACGUGGAAUCCAUUACACUGGACUGUGGUUUAAAGGCCGGAAAAGCAAUCCUCCAGUUAAAGCUGCUCUGGAAAACAUCAAAGAAGAGUUGAUGCUCCUGGGAUUCAUAUCGCUGCUCCUCGCGGUUUCGCAAACCUUUACAACAGAGAUAUGUGUUCCUCGAAGCCUGAUCCAGACAAUGCUACCCUGCAAGUCAUCAAACUUUACUGUGGCCCCGACCAAAAGCUACAAUCGCAGGCUGCUCGUGUUUCGACGGGAUUUAGCUUCCGAUACAGGAAAUAGCACCAAGUGUAUUGACAAGGGAAAAAUGCCAAUUCUCAGUGGCACCGACAUCCAUGAUCUUCAUAUGUUCAUCUUCAUUCUCGCGGUGGUGCAUAUUUCUUAUAGUCUUGCAACUGUUUACCUCGGAGGAAGAAAGGUUGUCUUUGGUGGUGGAAGUUGUUCUACCAUUAACUUGUGUUUUCAGAUCCAUGCCUGGGAAAAAUGGGAAGCUGACACUCAAGCUGACGACGUACAGACGAUGCCUGCUAAUCGCGAAACAAAAUUUAUUCGCAGGCAUGUCCGGAACUCUUCCUUUGUCAUAGGAAUUCUGGUGACGCUUCUGCAACAAUUUGGCUGGUCAGUCACCAAAGAAGAUUACUACACUCUUCGACACACGUUUAUCAUUAAUCAUUCAAAAAACAACAGUUUUGACUUCCAUGCGUUUUUGAAGGCAGCAAUUGCACAAGAUUUUAAAACUGUCAUCGGGAUGAGCGAAUACUUUUGGGUGUACGUCAUUGUGUUCUUCUUGCUCAAUGUUCAUGGCUGGCAUACGUAUUUCUGGAUUUCAUUCGUCCCCAUUCUUGUCCUCAUUUUGCUAGGCGCAAAGCUUCAGUACAUCCUCGGGACACUAGCUGUGGAUAUUUUGAAGGCACCUGGUGAGCCUGUGCAAGUUCGAGAUAAGUUUUUUUGGUUUGGCACGCCUAGAAUACUUUUGCACUUGCUUCACUUCUCGAUCUUUCAGAAUGCGUUUGAGCUAGCUCUUCUGUUUUGGAUGUGGGCCACAUUCGGAUGGCACUCGUGCCUUAUUGACAACAAGACGACAGCAAUUUUGCACGUAUCUUCCGGCAUUUUGAUCUUAAUUCAGUGCAGCUACACAACGCUUCCUCUCUAUGCACUGCUUUCUCAGAUGGGGCCCCAGAACGAAGGCAAGCACAAAAACUCGGACGUUCCGGAUCCGACUCAACCUCCACCCGGAGAAAUGGACGAAACAAAUCGGACGGAGACGAGGGCUGUGGACACUGAGGUGCAAACAGCAACACGGCACGAUGAGUUGUAGCUUAGGAUCCAGGUG